AUGACAAAUCAAGUACGUUCUGCAUCAUCAAAAUCAAAAUGUGACUUUGUACUUAAUAUUAACGAUCAUAUUCCUGACGAUGCAAAAUUAACUGCAACAUUCAAGGACUGUGCAAUUCAUGAAGCUAAUUCUGUAACAAUUUCCGGUCAUACUGAUGGUUCUUGUUAUGCAGAAGUUUUCAUCGAUUAUGAUACAAAGAUGAUACUAGUUGAAUUAGCUUAUGUCAAUGCUGUACAAUCAGUUUUAAGUCCUUAUGAUGAUAUGUUUGGUGUUGUUACUGGUAUUAAAAGUGUUGUACAAUACAGAAUAAUUGGUAACUUUAAAAAUGAAACAAUAUUCAUGAGAACACGUAUUCAAUGCAACAUAUAUGAUAAUUGUGCACUUGAUAAACUUCGAAAACUUUUAUCAAAUUUGACCAUUAGUGAAACACGAUUGAAUAUAUUCAAGAAAACUAUCAAGUUACUACACACAUCUGAUUCAAUAGGAGUAUCCGGACUUAGUUGUAUCAAUAAUAAUACCAAUCUAAAAUGCUCAAAUGAUGAACAACGAUGUGCAUUUUUCUCCUCGAAAGAUCAUUCAUCACAAAAAGGUUGUUUAAAUAACGUUUUCGAAACACUAUAUGAUAUACGAUAUCGAUUUAAUGUUAUAGAAGAAAUAGCGAGUAAUGAAAUUCAUAAUUUCCGAGAUCCAUUUAAAUUUUUCUAUUUAUGUAAUACAAAUUUUUGUAAUAAUAAUACUAUUGCUGCAAAAGUAAGUUUCGUUGAAUUAAAAUUUAAAUAA